GAAUGGCAAUUAUGGCAAUCACGCUUCCUACCUUGAUAUAUUUAUUGGCAGAUUCUUCACUUGACAAAUAUUCGCAACCAGAUGUGCCUUCACUUCACAAAAUCUCUAUAGCACACAUACUCUCACUUGCAGGACUGCAACCACAAAUUUUCAAAGAAACGGUGGCUGUCCUAUCCCCAGAACAAAAAACAAAGUUAGAAGCAGCAAUUAAAUUUAAU